AUGGCGAUACUCACAUCUGUUACUACGCUGCUCUUAGCUGCGCCAGUACUUGCUGCAACGUCCAGUGUCAGCAGCCUCUCUGGUGGCGAGAAAGUGGCUUGUGCCAAGUUCAAGCUGAAGUACCCUGAGCAGACGUACUUCCCGGGUUCUGCUGGGUACACAUACGAAACACAGUCAGUCUAUUGGUCGGCGACGAACAACAACGGCCCUGCCUGCGUCUUUGCCCCUCAGAAUGCGCAACAAGUGUCUUUGGCGGUCACAACAGUGACACUGACUCUGUCCAAAUUCGCUGUUAGAGGUGGAGGUCACAUGCCCAUUCCUGGAUACAAUGGUAUCAAUAAUUCGGGUAUACUGCUGUCGCCUUCCAAUCUCACUACCCUGGCGCUGUCCUCCGACAAAUCCACAGUCUCGGUCGGCCCAGGUAACAGAUGGGGAGAUGUCUAUUCCUACCUAGCACCAUCGAACCUUGCAGCAGUUGGAGGCCGUAUCGGCCACGUAGGCGUACCUGGUUUGCUCCUCGGUGGAGGCAUCUCAUUCUACUCCUCGCAACAUGGGUUUGCUUCAGACAACGUAGUGAAGUACGAGUGCGUACUGAGUAGCGGCGUUAUCGUCGAAGCCACUGCUACAAACGCGUACUCUGAUCUCUUCUGGGCGCUCCGAGGUGGCGGCAACUCUUUCUGUAUCGUGACGCGAUUUGAUCUGAAGACUGUGCCAUCGAGUAAAGUACACAUUGGCAUUGCACAGUACGACCAGUCACAGUCCAAAGGUUAUCUCGAUGGCGUGUACAACUUUGGAAAGUUCGGCGCAUCAGCCGAUUCAAAAGCGGCCAUCAUCCCCACAAUCUUGACCUUCCCCUCAAUCAAUCUGACUGCCUACGCUGCAGCUAAGUUUUACGACUCGCUGACAGACAGUCCAACGGCCUUCGAAAACUUCACUGCCCCCCAACUACCGCCUGUUGCCGACUCUUACACACUGCAACCGCUGGCUGAAUACAUCGCCGCGACAGAUGCUCUGCAACCGAAUGGUCUGCGUCAGGCAUUCCGGACACUGUCGUCUGUAGUGAACAGAGAAGCUGUUCAAGAUGUUCACGAUAUGUUCCUUUCAGGAGCAUCGAAGAUGGCGGGCAUCGCUGGCUUGCAAGCUUCCAUUACGUUUCAGCCGGUGACCAAGUCUUUCCUCGAGGAAAGUGUUAAGAAUGGAGGUAAUCCGCAGGGUGUCGAUGUUUCGAAAGCGCCUUUCUUUUGGAUGGUCGAGAACUGGACCUGGUCGAAUGCUUCUGACGAUGACACUGUCCAGAGUAUUGCGGAUACAAUCACCGCCGACAUCAACGCCCGUCUGGCUCAGAAGUCGUACAGUGCUAAAUACCUCUACAUGAACGAUGCUGGCAAAGGGCAGCGCGUCUUCCAGAGCUAUCCGGCUGCCAACCUGCGAAAGCUCAAACUGAUCCGUACUAAGUAUGAUUCCCUGAGAAUCUAUACAAACUUGCUGGUCGGUGGUUGGAAGGUUGCGAAUGCUUAG